AUGCGUCAUAGUUCUGGAUUUGGGUGGGACCCGAUCACAAAGAGAUUCACUGUUGAUGAUGAAUCACAUCCAAUGCAUGUGCAUUUUCGAACAGAAACUUUUCCAGACUAUGAGGACUUGAAAAUUGCAGUUGGAAAUGGAACUGCAACUGAAAUGGGCUCAAUCAGUCUAGGUGAUGAUCCAAAUGUCAUAACAUAUGCAACGGAAGAAAACGGACAUUGGGAAAUUGAUGGAUUUGUUUUUAAUCGAACUACUAACAUGUUUGUACAAGUUGAAAAUGAGUCAUCACACCAAGAAAACUCACAAUCUCUUUCACAACAACUCUCCCAAGGUACCAAUGCAGAUGCUCCACCAAACAGCAGGACUCAAGGGAAAACGGAGUAA